AUGACUGACUUUAAAGAGCGUUUUAGCUUUACAACAGAUGAUAUAAAUGCACCACCAAAGCUUAGUGACGAAGAGGCAGCUAAUUUAAUUCUUUCUUGCAUGUCAAUGCCAUUAGAAGCUGCACAAAUUUGUUUUCCAAAGCUUGAUAAGUUCACUUAUAGUGAUUUAGAAGCAACUUUCAAGAAUUAUUUACAAAAUCCACCACAAAUUUCUACAAAAACUAAAAAAUAUCCUUUGAAAACACAACUUACGAAGGAAGAAGACUUUUGGCUACUUAAUUAUCUCAAACACAUAGAUUCAAUAUCAUUCGAAGAAUUUGCCGAGAAAUAUGGCCAUCAUUUUCGACCAUGUUUAACAAUGAAUCAAAUUCUCGCUAGAUUUGAAGAAAUCAAAGCAAUGACUCCUGAAGAAAGACAGAAAAUCGAUGAUGACGUAGUUAAAACUAUGCUUUUCGAACAAUCUUUCAGUAAACCAGAUUCACCAGACGAAAAACAAAAUCUUAAUCUUCAAUGCACUUACGAAAGUCACCAUCAGUAUGAUAUACAACCACAUGUUGAACAUGAGAUUCAAGAACUCCACGAAUUGACUUCUUUACUUUCAAUUACUGCAUUUAAAGGAAAUGACCUCGCAAUUUUGAGAGGACUGAGUGUAGAAUAUGCUAUGCGCCGAGAAGCAAUUCUAAUCGGAAGAGCUUCAACUUUAUCUGAAGUUGACGUUGAUCUUUCUUCCGUUGACGGACAACAUGCUUGCAUUCACAUAUCUCGUCAACAAGCUAUAUUAUCAUUCCUUCCAGAUUGCAAUUUCUAUAUAGAAAAUAUCGGAAACAGAUCUUUCAGAGUAAAUGGCGUAGAAAUUUCAACAGGAAAAAUAUGCAGAAUUCCUCCAUAUGCCAUUCUUGAUUUCUGCGGUAUAUUAUUAAUGUUUAUUCCAAAUGAAAAACUUUUGGAUCAACUCAAAACGAAAUUGAAAAUCUCGAACGAUAAAUAA